AUGAUUGCGAGCGCUCAGGGAUUCUGGCUGGCCCCGCCCCGGGGCCCCGAGCCCAGAGCCGCCCCAGGGCACCGUGCAGGCUCGGGACGCACCGCCACGCCAGGGCUGGUGAGGUCGCCGCCGCCGCCACCGCCACUGGGGCCUGGGCGCGCCUGCUCACUGCUCGGCCCGCUCCCGGCCAGCUGUGCAGGUGGCUGGACCAGCAGCAGCAGCAGCAGCGAGGACUCGAGCGCGGGCGGCAGCAGCGACACCAUGGAUCUCUCCUUUAUGGCUGCGCAGCUGCCCAUGAUGGGAGGAGUUUUCAUGGACUCGCCCAACGAGGACUUCAGCACCGAGUACUCCCUGUUUAACUCUUCCUCCAACGUCCACGCGGCCUCCAAUGGCCAGGGCCCGCCGGAGGAGCCGCCUCGGUCGUCCAACGACGCCGUGUUGCUGUGGAUUGCCAUCAUCGCGACGCUGGGGAACAUUGUGGUGGUCGGGGUGGUGUACGCUUUCACCUUCUGAGGGAGCGCGGAGAUCGGCAGCCGCCAGGACGGCUCGCCCUGCGUCGGGCUCACCAUGGGGUGAGGCCCUGCUCCUGGCACUGUCUUGCUGUUGGUCUUCAGCCACUCCUACGUCCUAAAACCAGGAACUUUGACCACUUGAAUGGCCUCUGUAGGGGCAGCAACUGUGCAUCCGGAACUUCCCCGGGCAGCCCUGAUUUCAAAUAUUCCAUGCCGUGGUCAGGCUGAUCCAGAAAGCGUGGCCGUGUGGGCUUCCUGCUCCCGGAGGCGAGACGGGGCAAGGCUUUCAGAGAGCAGAUUGGGGAAUUCUUGAAGCUGCAUUCCCAGAACACGACCCCGGAUGCAACAGCCAGUUAGGUGUAAAAUAUAGAUGUGGCUUGGUGAUCGCUUGCUGGCAGUAAAUAAUCACCUGUGUGUCUUGUGUUUAUGCAAACUUAUCAAACCUCGUGUGAGGCUGCUGGGCCCAGAGCAGCCCUCAGAACUUCGGUGUUCCCAGCCCAGUCUCGGUCCCAUAUUCAGCCCCUUGGCCCCUAGGUGGCCACAGGACAGUCCUAAUUUGACUUUGAAAUGGCACCUUUGUCACAAGACACCCAGCCCCUUAUGAAACCCAGUCGCAUCAGGAUAGCCAGGAAUGGGGGGUUAGCAGUAACGUGCUGGGGUUCCUGGGGGUGUUGCUGGUGGUUUUUUUCUGCUGGGUGGAUUUUCUCUUCUUUUUAAGGAGAGGAGAGGAUGUCUUUAAAAGUUAGAUCUGCCAGGCGGUGAACUCUUCCAGCCACCCACAUGAAGAUGCUCUUUCUUCUUUGAGGGAUCCUAGAAUGUUAGAGAUGAAUAAGCUCGUGUCCACUGAAUUCUUUGGUGGAUGGGUUGGAGAGGGGCGUGAUUUGCCUGCGGUCACAGGGCAGGUUAAUGUGGGAGUCAGAACAGGAAGAUGUUUCCUAACCCUCAGCUCAGUGCUCUCUCCGCCCCAGCGACGUGCUCCCCUGAGCAGGUCCCUGCCUUCAAGGCCGUGCAGCAGAGACGCCACCCUCGCCCUCGGGAGAUCAUCCAGGGAGUCUUGAAGCUGGUGCAAG